AGUAAAUAUAAUAAAAUAUUUUCAAAAUAAGUAGUUUUUUUAUGUCUUAACGUAAUACAAUACAAUGAGGCUAGCAUCUCAAUUUGCGCUGUGAUGGUAAAAUUAAUAGGUAACUUAUUUUAAGUGAAAAGGAGCGGGAUACAGUUUUCAUAUGCUAUCACGACCGGUAAGCAGCUGAUGAGGUUACAGUUGAUCGGACAAUUUUUUUUUAUGAAAGUUACUGUGAGGUUAAAUGAUUCAUUAAAUAUCUUCAUAAGUUACUUGUAUGUUCGUUACGUUCUCACUGCAAAACCAACCUGAAGUGUGAUUUCCGUUUAAACGACUGUAUUACCUCCAUGCAUUUGUGUGUACGGAUCGCCAGUAUUUUGUCUUGGUUUCUGGUAAUUGAAUAACAUACUCUCAAGAAAGAGAGCAAAGUGUGACUUCAUACCAAAUUUUUUGAGGCUUCCCUACAGAAGACAACAGUGUAGCUCUGUCUGCAACGAAAAUGCGUCCCAAACAGCUUUCAGAUGCUCCUUUUAUUUACGAAGAAGACAUGGCCGACAAAGAAGAUGUCGCGGAAAAGACUAUCGCGGAGGAUUUGGUUGUCACCAAAUAUAAAAUGGCUGGUGACAUCGUUAACAGGGUCCUGAGGCAAGUUAUUGAUAGAUGUGUUGCUGGUGCGUCUGUCAGAGAAAUAUGCGAGUUUGGGGACACACUUAUUUUGGAUGAAACAAGCAAAGUUUUCAAGAAAGAAAAGGAACUUAAGAAAGGAAUAGCAUUCCCCACAAGUGUGUCUGUGAAUAACUGUAUUUGCCAUUUUUCCCCCUCUCACGGUGAACCUGAUGUUGAACUGAAGAAUGAUGACAUGGUUAAAGUUGAUCUGGGUGCCCAUGUUGACGGCUUUAUUGCCGUUGUUGCCCACACGGUAGUAGUUGGUGCGAAUCGCAAUAAUAAGGUGAAAGGUCGCAAAGCAGAUGUAGUGUUGGCAGCUCAUUAUGCAUCACAGGCAGCUCUGAGGCUUUUGAAACCAGGAAAUGAGACAUUUGCUGUAACAGAUGCUGUGCAGAAGGUGUGCGAGGCAUACAAGUGCAAACCAAUUGAGGGCAUGCUGAGCCAUCAGUUAAAGCAGUUUAAAAUCGAUGGUGAGAAGACGAUCAUACAGAAUCCGAAUGAUGCCCAGAAGAAAGAGCAGGAGAAAUUUGAGUUUGCUACACAUGAAGUUUAUGCAAUGGACGUGCUCGUUAGUACAGGGGAAGGAAUAGGCAAGGAGACUGCUACUAGAGUUACCAUAUACAAGAAGACAGACGAGACAUACCAGUUGAAGCUGAAGACUUCAAGAACAUUCUUUAGCGAAGUUAGUCACAAGUAUGGAACCAUGCCAUUCAAUCUCCGUGGAUUUGAAGAUGACAAAAAAGCAAAAUUAGGUGUAAUGGAAUGUGUGAAUCACAAACUGAUUGAACCUUUCCAGGUGCUUUAUGAAAAGUCGGGUGAAUUCGUUGCUCACUUUAAGUUCACUGUGUUACUCAUGCCUAAUGGUCCUCAUCGCAUAACGGGAUUGCCAUUCGAACAGGAGCUUUAUCAGUCGGAACUUAAUGUGGAUGACCCAGAUUUGAAGGCCCUGUUGAAUACCUCUGCUAAUCCCAAGACAGCAAAGAAGAAGAAAAAGAAGGCAGAAAAGGCAAUUUUAAAUGACGCGCCUGUAGAGGUUGAGGGAGAAGCAUAACAUUUGUGCUUUUUUAAAAAAUGUGGCUUGGAUAAUUGGUUCUGUGAACUUCAAAGAAAUUUGUUCUGGACUUCGAAUCGUGGAACGAGAUUACCACUGAGCACUUUUAGUGUCAAUCUUCCUGGACAUCUGUUAGUUGGAGGAGAUAUGUACUUGCUUUUUGCCCUUCCUUUAAAGAAAAGAGAAAUUGUUAACGUGUUGUGGCGUUAAAAUCUAACCUCUAAACUCCUUCAGCCUUCUGUUUUCGUAUGUGUGAGUGUGACGAAAAGAAAAAUCCAUUACAUCAGAAUCUGUAAUGGGUAUGUGCAGUGGCUUUCCUGUGAAAGCUAAUAAAGUUUUAUUUUAUUCUGAAACUACAGCGAGAGUUCUCGUAGUUGUGUGCAUAUUUUGUUUGCAGGCAGUUGUGUGCGUAAUAAAUCUGUCACUUUUUACAAACUGUUGAAACAGUGAAAAAAUUACUUUGUCCCAGAAACUUUGGUGGACAGGAGUCUUCUUGUUUUUCUUUUAGACAAGAUAAAAUAACAAUGUGAUAUAUAGGUACUCAAUGACAUGAAUUCACAUUAGGCACUUGUCUUUCCAGGGAAGCGUAGCAUGGAAUGUGAAGUUUGGUUACUGCCUGUAAAUAACAUGAUACAAGGAUUUUUUUAUUUUUCAUUAUGCUUCAUUUACACUGUAGUAUGCUUGGUGUACUUUUUUCCUGUUGUGUGUACUUACAGAAAUUUGGGUUAACUGAGAAUGUGUCUAUGUGGAAUGUAUUUUCUUUUUAAGAAUAUUGCUCUGUACAACCAUUAGAUAAGUUUGUGGACACUAAUGUAAUUAAAGUAUUACUAUUUUUCAACUGAGAAAAAUGCUCUCAGGAGGAGAAGGCAUUGAAUUUGAAGGUGUGUGCAAGUAAACGAGCUAAUGGUACCUCCAGCCCAGUCAGAUUUUGCAACUUAUAAUAGGAGCCUCAUGCACAAUAAGUGAUAUUGACUAAUUAUUUGUUAUUUCUUGGUUAGGUUUUGGUUUGAGAUUUGUGCGAUCUCUUAGUAAUAUGUGAUAGUUUGAGUGAGUCAUAAAAAAGUGCUUGUGUUGGAAUCCAAAUAGUUGUAUUUUUUAAUACCAGAAAACUAAAUUUCUUUUGAGGAAGAGAGAAUUGAUUAAAUGUUGUCUGUGUUUAAUUUUUGA